AUGGAAUACGCAACCCUCGAGUCGCGUCUGGCGACAUUCGAACCACCGACCAAACGCUCUAAAAUCGGCUGGCCGCACAAAACACCCACCCCGGAAGAAGUCGCCCGGGCAGGCUUCUACUACAAACCCUCGAAAUCCAGCAAUGAUAACACCAUCUGCUAUCUCUGCGAAAGCCAGCUCGGUGGAUGGGAGCCCGAUGAUGACCCGGUCGAAGAGCACUUGAAGCACUCGCCACAGUGCGGGUGGGCGAUAUUGAUGAACGCGUCGCAAGAAGCGAAGCAACACACCGAGACCAUGGAAGAUCCCACAGGGCAACUCCUCGCAGAUGCACGGCGGGCAACUUUUGCGGCUGGCUGGCCACAUGAGUCAAAGCGAGCAUGGAAAUGCAAGAUAGAGAGAAUGGUCGAAGCGGGGUGGCAUUUUGCACCAGUUGCAGAGGGCGAGGAUUAUGUGUCCUGCGCUUACUGCAAGUUAUCUCUCGAUGGCUGGGAACCGAAAGACGACCCUUUCGAAGAACACUAUAAAAGAUCGCCAGAUUGUGUUUUCUUCCAGUUCGCAGGGAAUACCGCACCGACUAAGCGCCCAAAAGCGAAGAAGGGACGCGCGUCGAGGGCGUCGAGAUCAUCGAAGGCAUCGACGCGGUUAUCAACACAGUCAAGCUCGCAAGAUGUGACUAGCUUGUCUGAGGCUCCUAGUGUCGCUCUCGAGGAUAUUCCCGAUCUGGAGGACUCCAUCGACGAGGGUGAGAUGUCUACGAUGUCCGUCGUGUCCGUCAUUUCAACGGCAUCGACAGCAACCACGAAAGCCAAGCGGAAAGGCGCAGGUGGCCGGUCAAAGACGGCAAAGUCGAAGAAAGCCAAGACCACGCGAUCCACAAAGACGAAGAAGGAAGAUUCUCAACCUGAAAUUGAACUCGAAGUGCAGCCCGAGCUAGUACAGGAGAUACCAGAGACUUCGAAAGGCGUCGUGGUCGAGUCUGUACCGUUACAGGCAGAAGAGGUCUAUCGAACGCCAGAAACCGAAGAGCGAGAGGAGCAAGUUGUGCCUGGUCCUGCGCCUACUCCCUCCGCAGAAGUCGCAUACCCGACCAUUCCCCUAAAGAACACUCCACCCAGGAUAUCAAACUCACCGCGGCAUUUAAGCCCCGUCGCCGCACAAGAUCAGUCACCUACGCCGAUAAAACCACGAUCAAAUCGUUCAUCGCUAGCCUCGGCCCAGAAAUCAACCCCCAAGUCAGCAACAACAAAAUCACACCUACAGCCAAAAUCCGCCACCGCCCGUUCAUCUUCACGAACCCAACCGCAAAGUCAACAGGCCGAUAACCUCUCCCCUUCGCCUUCUCCCUCGCCAGCAACAUCCGACCUAGAGAACGCGCCUCCUUCCACGCGCUCUCCACGGUCACGCCCUCCAAUCGCGACAUCCUCGAUCUCGCCGCUUCCUCCCAACCCGAAACUCAACGUGACGAGCACUUCUUCCUCUCCUCCCAAGACGCUCAUGCCCCAUUGGACGCCCGCAGACGUGGAGCUGAUCUUUGCGCAUACCACGCCCGCACGCGCCGAGUGCGAGGUUCUCCUCGCUCUGACGGGCUCGCAGCUCUCAAGCCCGGAGAAGGAUAUGACGGUGCAGGAGUGGAUCGAGUUCAUCGCCGCGCGGGCAGAGGAGGGGCUGCGUACUGAGGCCGAGCGCGUGGUGAGCGUGUUUGAGCGCGAGGGUCAGCGCGCCAUGGGCGUGUUGGAGGCGAUUCCUUGUGUAUGA